AUGUCCCUCAAGCAAGAAAUCGAGACUUGGGUGCAGGCCCUGGAACAUUUCGAUAAUCAGGAGUAUGACCUCGCUCUGCGGUCGUUUGCUGCUAUUGCCGAUACUUCCAAGAUUCUCUUCAAUUGCGGUGUGAUCUAUGCUACAUUGGGCGAACAUGAGAAAGCAGUUGAGUGCUAUCAGGGCGCGGUGGGCCUGGACCAGUAUCUUGCCAUCGCCUACUUUCAGGAGGGUGUGUCUAAUUUCCUACUUGGCGACUUUGAAGAAGCAUUGGCGAAUUUCAACGACACUCUGCUCUACCUGCGAGGCAACACAUACAUCGAUUAUGAGCAGCUCGGGCUCAAGUUCCGGCUGUACUCGUGUGAGGUCCUCUUUAAUCGCGGCCUGUGUUAUAUUUACCUGCAGCAAAUUGGACCGGGCAUGCAGGAUCUUGAGUAUGCUUCCAAAGAGAAGUACUCGCGAUCCAGGCUGACCCCUCAGGGAUAUACCGUGUUCUCAAUCCCCGUAGGAGUAGUUUACCGGCCGAACGAAGCCAAGGUCAAGAACCUCAAAACCAAGGACUAUCUCGGCAAGUCACGCGUGAUCGCCGCCAAUCGACUGAGCACUCCGGCCGAUACCUCCCAGAGAAGCGUGGACUCCGUGCCAUUCGCGACAUCUCACCUAGUACAGAAGAAUCUGACAAGCCGCAGUCGCCAGCAGUCGGAGCCGCCGAUGCAUCGUAAUCUAUUCCCGCCUACUCCCCCUCCAGAUGCCGACAAAGCAAGCCUUAGCUCGACUGGGAGUAACGGGACGGUCCGCGCUCAACCUGGUAAAGCGCAGCGUCCCCCAAAGCUCGACUUGGAUCGCCCAGGAGCUCAGCCUGCUGGACGAAGCACCACGGAUCUUACUGCGCCUGAGAAGCCACGGUUAGGGACGAUUCGCACAGCAUCGGAGCCAAGGGGUCAGUCACGGCAGCCUCGCGGAUAUGCACCAGAAAGACAUGUGCGUUCUAGUGACGGCUAUGGACAUCGUAGAGGAGCAAGUGAUCAUGGUUUUGGAGUUUCAAACGGCCACUCCGACGACGCGUACGGGAUGUAUGGAGAAGCGCGAGCAAUGACGCUAGCAAACGGUGGACGCCCCUUCCAACAACAAGGAUACAUCGACGAAGAAGAGGAAUACGGAAGUUCACCAUGCGACGAGGAUUUAGUGCCAGAUGCGAGCUUCGAACUCAUGGGGUCGCGACCGCGCGCACGGUCAUGCAGCCGCGGCCCUGCACGAGGGUACUCCCGCCGGCCGGAAGUGCGCAGGUUUCGAGUCAAGGUACAUUCGUUUGAAGACACACGGUACAUUCUUAUCCCUCCAACCAUUGAGUUCGCCGAGUUUGAGACGCGAAUUCGCGAGAAGUUUGGGUUCCAGAUGGCUUUGAAAAUCAAGAUGCAAGAUGAGGGGGAUAUGAUCACGAUGGUAGACCAGGAGGACUUAGACCUAUUACUAAUGGCAUCACGCGAGAUUGCCAGACGAGAAGGAAGCGAAAUGGGAAAAAUGGAGAUAUGGGUGGAAGAACGACGGAUGAUUUGA